AUGCCGCCAAUUCCCAUCUACGCCCACAGCCCCAUCAACGCGGCCAAAGCUGCUGCGGCCUCUCCCCAGACAUCGGCAGCAGAGAAGGCCCAGAACGCAGCUCCUGACUCGAGCCCUUCGACCACCACAGCAGCCGCGAAUGCUGUGCCCCCAGCUGCGAUCCCAGGAUACCCAGCAGCGCAGCCAGGAGCUUCUCCAGCCAUCCCGGCCCCGACAGGCGCUGCGCAGAGACAUUACUCACCAAUCCAGCCGACUCCAACUCAACCACUCCCAGGAAGUCAGGGCCCACCGCCGCCCCAGCCCGGGGCAGUUCCAGUGCCGCCGGGAGCAGGCGGCCCACCACCCAGAGUCACAGCAACAUCCACAAUCCCACCCCCGCCUAGGGCCGGGGAGACAACCGCGGCCCCACAGCAGCAGCAGCAGCAGCAGCCGCAAGCUGUGCCCUACCCACCUCAGAUGGCCAUCCCCCCGCCUAUGGGGUCCUCCACCUCGUCAGCGGCAGCUCCAGCGGCGCAGCGCGGCACGUCGACAACCUUCGCGGCGGCCCCGCCCACCAUCCACCCCUCACCACUGGAGCACCCGCCGGGCUACCAGCAGAACGUGCACGCGGGCGAGAUGGACAGGUUCCAGCGGGCCAGGCAGGACGCGCUGGAGGCAGAAGAGCGGGACAGGAGGGUCAGCUUUGGGAGCCUCGGCGGCGGCGGCGGCGACGGGGCGGACGGGGAGGGCAUCUGGAGCUCCGCGAAGAAGAUGGUGGCGACGGCCGGGGAGAAGCUGGCUGAUGCCGAGACCGAGGUGUGGAAGAGGAUCAAUAAGGGGUGA